AUGACGAUUGACAGUACACAUGGACUCUCUGAGUUUGAGAAGCAACGUCUGGCGAAUAUCGCCGAGCGCGAUGCCCUCUUGAAGAACAAUGCGCCGAAGCCGAAGAAAAGGGCGCCUCCGAAGCGCAUCAAGGAAGAAGAAUCGCCGCUACCGCGCCGUCAGUCUUCACGCUUGAGGGGAUUGACCGCUGACAGCGAGGUCGUGAAGCGCAAGGCCGAAGAGCAGUACGAGGCAGCCAAGGAGGCCGAACGCGCUAAGAAGGUCCGAAGGACCGACUCAUACUCUGCAAAUGAUAUGUUUAUUGCUGGGCAGAAGCUCGAUGGAGAUAGUUUGAUUGGCGUUGAUGUUGUGAACAAGGGUGUCGCAGAGCCUUACGUGCGGACGUUCGGUGAUGAGGACAUCAAGAAAACCACCGACAAGGACUUGAAAGCGUUGCGGGAGGAAAUGAAUGGGCUCAGUCUGUGGGGCCAAUGGGAUCCUCAAAGGAUCAAGAUCACACCCGAGCGAGUCUAUGCCAUGGCAUUCCAUCCUUCCGAGACCAAGCCCUUGAUAUUUGCUGGUGAUAAGAUGGGACAUCUCGGUGUCUUCGAUGCCUCUCAAGAGAAGCCAGAAACGGGAGAUGACGAGGAUGACGACGAUCCUGAUCCGGUUUUGACCACUCUCAAGCCGCAUACUCGAACUAUCAGUGCUAUGACAGUCCACCCAUUGAAGCCCACGCGCUUGUAUACUGCAAGUUAUGAUAGCUCUAUCCGAGAACUGGAUCUCGAGAAGACUACUUCGGUGGAGAAAUAUGGCCCUGAGUCUACAAACAUUGACGAAGCGCUCUCUGGGAUUGAUAUGGCUCCCCAAGACCCCAACACACUGUACUGGACAACGCUCAAUGGUACCUUUGGGCGUUAUGAUAUGCGCAGCAAAUUGUCAACGAAGACCGUCACCCAUUGGCAGCUUUCUGAGAAGAAGAUCGGAGGCUUUUCUUUAUACCCGUCAGAGCCACACUACUUUGCGACUGCAAGCCUAGACCGGACGAUGAAGCUGUGGGACCUGCGAAAGUUGUCGACUGAUGAGCCUGUGCCAGUUGCGGAACAUGAAAGCCGCCUUUCAGUCUCACAUGCUGCGUUCAACGGGGCCGGCCAAAUUGCUACUACCUCAUACGAUGAUACGAUCAAGCUCUAUGACCUUGGAGCUAAGGGUAUCUCAUCAUGGAAACCGGGUCACACUCUUUCUGACAAGGAAUUCCGCCCCGACACUGUCGUAAGGCACAACUGUCAAACCGGUCGUUGGGUGACCAUUCUUCGUCCCCAGUGGCAGAUGAAUCCCCAGUCCCAUAUUCAGCGAUUCUGUGUCGGUAACAUGAACCGCUUUGUCGAUGUCUACAGUAGCUCCGGCGAUCAGCUGGCUCAGCUUGGUGGUGAAGGAAUUACUGCUGUUCCUGCAGUAGCUGUAUUUCACCGAAGCAAGAACUGGGUCGCAGGCGGUACGGCUAGUGGUAAGGUCUGCCUGUGGAUGUAA